CGUCGCCGACAGAAGUGAACCGCGAUGGAUAACGACAGCGGCGGCGGCGCUAGCAGCGGCUCGUAGCUGGAGGGACCCGAGGGACGGCUGCGCGUGACUCACCGGCGGCCUGGCCAUCAUUUCCCGGGGGCGGAGACUUGCUCAGCUUGAGGAUUCCUCCCGUGGUCGCCCACGCGGCGCCGCCUUCCACGCGCUGUCGAGAGGCGAUGUCUGCAGCUUCUCGCACGCCGACUCCAAACCGCUCGACCGCGUCCCCGCGCAGCUCGCUCUGAAUGGCCGGCGGCUCAUAACCGGCGCCCACGAUGUCGCUGGGCGAGCGGUCCCAGAAGUGGUUUCCGACCCACGUCCAAGCCACGGUUCUCCAGGCCACCGGCCUGCAGGCCAAGGGCAAGAACGGCACCAACGAUGCCUACACCAUCAUCCAGCUGGGCCGAGAGAAGUACUCCACGUCGGUGGCGGAGAAGACGCUCGCCCCCGUCUGGAGGGAGGAGGCCUCCUUCGAGCUGCCCGGGCUGCUGCUGGAGGGCAACCCGGAGGUCUACGAGCUGAGCUUCAUCGUGAUGCACCGCUCGCUGGUCGGCAUGGACAAGUUCCUCGGCCAGAGGUCGGUCAACCUGAACGGCAUCUUCGACAACAAGCAGCGCAAGAAGACCGACUGGCACUCCCUGGAGUCCAAGCCGGGCCGCAAGAGGAAGGAGCGCGGCCGCGUCCAGGUGAGCGUCCAGUUCAUGAGGAACAACAUGACGGCCAGCAUGUUCGACCUGUCCAUGAAGGAGAAGCCGCGCUCGCCCUUCUCCAAGCUCAAGCACAAGAUGAAGGGCCGCAAGCACGACGGCGGCGACGCGUCCUCCGCCAUCGUGCCGCGCUCCGCCGGCGACCCGGACGCCGCGCCGCCGCCCGAAGCCAAGGGCGGGAGGUCGCUGCUGGCCGGGGGCCACAAGCUCUCCGCCGCCCACUCCAUGUCGGACCUGGUCGGCGCCGCCCCCCGGGCCAAGCCCGACACCAUGAACUCCAUCGACGAGCGCGGAGGCCCUCACCGGCACUCCCAGAGCGAGAUGCCCGGCUGCUCGGACGGGGAGGCGCCGGGCGACCCGUUCUCCGGCCUCGGCGACGCCCUGCCCCACAAGUACGCCACGCUGCCACGCAACCGCAACCCCUUCAUGGGGGGGCCGGGGGGGCCGCCGGGGGACAAGGAGGACAAGAAGGAGAAGAAGGAGAAGGUCAGCCUCCUGGAGCGCGUGACGGGGAAGAAGGCCAACGCCACGGGGCGCUCCGGCAGCUCCGGGGACCUGCGCUCGCCCAGCGCCUCCAGCCCCCCCGACGCCAACCCCUUCGUCCACAAGGGUGAGAAGAAGUCCAAAGGAAGUGAACCCCUGACCUUUGGCCAGAAGAAGGACGUGUACGGCCGUCCUCAGGAGGCCAAGCAGGAGAGCGCCCUGGCCUACAGCAACCUGUCCUUCGACGAGGUGGUGCAGGACCUCAUCAAGCAGAAGGAGGUGGUGAAGAGGAAGGACGCCCACAUCCGGCAGCUGGAGGACUACAUCGACGACCUGCUGGUGCGCGUCAUGGAGGAGACGCCCAGCAUCCUGCGGACGCCCUACGAGCCCAAGAGGAAGGCGGGUAAACUCACCAAGAAGUAGAGCGGCCGGCCGGCGGGGGAGGAGUCGGCCGUCAUCAAUCAAUGUGAUUAAAGCCAAAUUAAUGAGUCUUUGCUUUAGAACAUUUCUAUUCAGUGUUUUUUAUCUACCUUUUGUAAUUUGUUGGGGGGAUGGUUCUGGAACACGCAGGUGCUCCGCUCACCGAUUGGUUCCCUCGGUUUGGGGUUUCGCCGUAUAGUUUUCACUCGCAGCUCCAGUGUUUAAAGCUCCACAGUGUUUGAAGUCUAAAGUGUUGACCAGACGGCCAAAUGGCGGAGCGGCGGUCGCCGUGGUUACGCCGGGCGUGGACCGACUCCUCUGCUGCUUCUGGGGUUCUUAGUUCCUUUUAUUUUCUGUCCCAUGAACAGACGUGUUUCACUCUGCGUUAUGCGUGCGACCCCCUGACCUUCAGGCUCCUGGGGUCCGGAUCGGUUUACUGACGUUUGACGUGCAAUAAUCAACCUGCUUUAUAUUCUGUUUACAUUGUAAUCAUCUCUUCCAUGUCGAUUUGAUUUGAACGGUUCUUCUUCAAGAUUGUAUUACUGGUACUUACUGCACAUGAACAGUCUUUAUUUAUACAUGGUCCAGGGCUCAUGAACACUGUAGUGUGAGAUACGCACCUUUAUAGCCACGCCCACUUCUGUAUUCACGGUACACAUGUGACAUAUCUCAUGAGUGUUUCUGCAUCUAACGGUUUGAAUAUGAACUUCCAUCAGCAUUCACAUGUUUACACAGUAAUAGUUUACAUCGCUGUAUUUCAGCACUUUCCUUUGUUCCAACGUUCAAAACCAGGAAGAACAAAAGUGUGUCGUCAGCUCAGCUUCAUGACUGCUGGAGGUCACCAGCCAACAGGAAGGUCGCGCUCGGUGAGUCCGGAGCCGAGCGGCUCGUUGUUCCGCCCCUCUAUAAUCUGUUGUCACGACUCUGACCUGCCGCUCCAACGCUCCUCUUGAGUGUUCCUCACGCAGCUCGUUUGUCUGAAGGCCUGAGAUCUCCCAUUGGCCCUGAAGCCCACACUGGUGGGCUCUGCAGAGCUUCGUGUGGAGUGGUCUCCAGACCGGGCCCUGGCUUUCCUUCAAGGUGAAUCCAAAGAGGUCGUCCCCUCUGGCGGUUCCCCCCCGACGGCCUCACUGGGGACCACAUGACCUCGUCUCUACGUGAUGUCACACGCUGGGUCAACUCCGUCUGAUUGGACGACAGACAUCACACAUUUAGUCAAUGAAAUGAGUUUUACAACAGAGAGGUCAUGUGACCUCCUCUGGGGUCGACGUUGACCCCCGAAUGGAGACGAUGAGUUCAAAGACAUGUGGACCGGAGUCGGUUCAGGGGACGGGGGCGGAGUCGGUUCUUUUCUUCCAGCUUUAUUCUUUAUGCUUUGAUGUCAUUUGGUGCUUUGGAUAAUGUUGAGUCUAAAACACAAAUCUAAAUGAAAACUGUGUCAUAAACAAAAACAACAACACGGCCUGCAUCGUUAUGACACGUCUGUCAUCUGCAUAAUAUCUGUCCAUCAAAUCUCUGAACCCAAAACACUCAAAACCCACAAGAAGACGUCACCAUUCAUACAGAUGGUUCCACACAGUCAACCAGUACAUGUGGGGUUCUUCCCCGAGGUGACGGAGCAUGUCCUGAAGCUCAGGUCUGAUCUGCUGCUCCGGGUCUCCUGAGUCUUCUCUGGUCACGCUGCUCGCCAUCGGCCGCCUGCAGCUGCCAGACACGGAGGCUGAAGCUCCUGACGGCGAGAUGUUGAAGGAAAUGAUGGCCGUGCUUCUAAGAUGUCGGUUCGAGAAGUUGACACAGUUUGGAGUCGGGUGCACCGUCCCUUUAAGGUCCUUUAGGGUCCUUUAGGGUCCUUAAGGUCUGGAGACCCGCCACAUUGUGGUCCUGGCGCUGAGCUCCGAGGCUCCGAGCCGGAUGAUACAUGUUUUAGCCUUCUGGUCACUUCUGCAUGUCAAUCACACUUUUCAAUGAAGUCACAUUUUAUAUUCUUGAUUCCUCUGGACUGGUGAAGCUCGUCGCUCCUCCGCCACCGAGAGCUUCUCUUUGUACCUCCAAUGUGUAACUUUAAUACCUGAAUGUAUGUUUUAUGAUCCGAGCUCUGGAGGAAGUGUCACUGUUGGUGUUUCUGAAGAAGUUCACGUUUCCCUGACGUCAACUCGACUUCCUUUUCAAUAAACUCCCGUCAAGGAAAACUUC